CAGAAUUGUUACUCGUAACAACUAGAAACGACACCGGACCGCGAGACCGAGCCGUUAAUGACAGUUAGCGUGAGGAAAGCAAAAAACAUCAUUCAAUUGUCAAAACCCGAAUUGAAAGCUUUUCCAUCUCCAUCACUUCCUGCUCCCAAUCAAACUCAGAUCCCAUCUUCAUUCAAUCUCCGUUUCAACUUUCAACACCGUCCCACCUCGUUACGAGGUUUCUUCCUCGAAUCCCGUGUUAUCUUCUCUUCUGUCGGUGGGAGAUCUUGUGUUCUGUUCCUUUCUUCAUGAUUCCAUGAUGGUGUCAUUGUAAGGCCCAAUCGCUCUUUUCAUUCCCGGUUAAACGGUAAGUGUAAAUGUUAGUUUCAUCACUUGUCAGAGGCCAAGUGAAAAGGGUUUUUUUUUUUUUUUUAUAUUAGGAUUGUUUGAGUGCUGAUGAUUUUAUUGAAUUUUUUUUUGAUUGCUGCUGUUCAAUUUAAUAAGAAGGAAUACCAGUAAUGGGGUCAGAAAGAGAAGAUUUUGAGCUAUCUGGACCAUUGCAUCUAUCUACUGUGGACUGGAGUAAUGCAGAUCAUAGAAGGUCCGCCGCGGCUAGUUUGGUUCAAGGCGUUUACAUCUUGGAACGUGAUCGCCAGGAGAAAAGGCAGGGAGAUACAGCCCUUGCUCCCCCUUGGUGGAAGUUCUUCAAUUUUCAGUUAUGUACUCCACUCAUCGAUGAAGCCGAUUCAUCUACUUUUGGUGCCAUCUAUGAAUUUAUAAACCCUUCACCCGGUGAUCAUAGCUUAGUCAGCAGUGAUCUCCCGCGUUUUGUUAUUGCUUUUCGAGGUACUUUAACCAAAGGCGAUGCAUUUUCAAGGGAUUUCCAGUUAGAUGUCCACUUAAUCCGCAAUGACCUUCAUCGAACAUCUCGAUUUGAAAUCGCUAUUCAAGCUGUUCGCGCCAUCGUUGCGACGUAUGGUAGCUCAAGUUCCAAUAUUUGGUUAGCCGGGCAUUCUCUAGGUUCUGGUUUGGCGAUGCUGGUGGGGAAGAGUAUGGCUAAAACUGGCGUCUUACUUCAAUCUUAUCUUUUCAACCCACCAUAUGUGUCGGCUCCCAUCGAGAAAAUCAAGCAUGAAAAAGUUAAACACGGGAUCCGUAUCGCGACCAGCGUGAUCACUGCUGGACUCGCAUUUGCUAUGAAGGAUAAACACUUGAAGAAUCAGUCAUCCUCAGAGGAUACAUUUGCCGCAUUGUCUGAAUGGGUGCCGUUUUUAUUUGUGAAUCCUGCUGAUCACCUAUGCUCUGAAUAUAUUGGUUAUUUUGAACACAGAAAACAUAUGGAUGGAAUCGGAGCUGGACUUAUCGAAAAGCUAGCGACUCAACAUUCAAUCGGCGGCCUUGUUAUGUCUGCAAUAAGUAAAAAGGAAGUAGAAGAACCUAUACAUCUUAUUCCUUCUGCCUCUGUUGUUGUUAAUAUGACUCCUUCCCAAGAUUUCAAAGAAGCUCACGGAAUUCACCAAUGGUGGAGGUCUGAUCUACUUUUAGAGUCAAAAGUUUACAAGUACUGUUAGGUAUCAUCAUUAAGUUUUAUCUAGAUUUGAACGUAUCAUAUUCCUUCAUUUGUUCGUGAUUUUGGGUAGUCAUGAUUGUGCGAAAUUACAAAAGAUUUCAUCAAGUUAAUUGAACGAGCCAUUUUUUGAGUGGUUGUAACUUGUAAGAUUUUUAAUAAGUGAAUGAAUUGCGAAUUGCGAUACAGAUUCCAG